AUCAUCCUGUGUGUCAUGUGGGUGUGCGUGGAGGGAGGGUUCUGUGUGGCAGUUGGUUGUUCGUGGGGAAUAGAAGGAUAUGGUAGUUGUGGGCAGACUGUAUGUGGUGGGGUGUACACGUGGGGAAGCAAAGCUUGGACUCCUGGAAGACUGCAGUAACAUCACCCUAUCCUCACUCUUCCCCCAUUUUCUCCAGGAGCUGUGAGACGCCAUGGCACAAGCACUUGCCUCCCCAGGGCUGUUCUCUGAUGAUGAUGCUGCAGCCUCCCCUGUUCUUGAAUCCACAGCAACAGGGUUUGGGGCUGAUGUGCGCAAGGACCUGCUGUCAGAGUUCUCUGCCAUCUCUCCAGAUCUGGAGGGCUGCCAGCAGGCUGUAGCUGAAGAUAAUAAUGGAAAAUUAAAGGUCUAUCUGAGAGUUCGACCUCUGAAAUCUACAGAAGUGGAAAAAGGGGAAGACCAGGGCUGUGUCUGCAUUGAGAAUUCGGAGACCCUUCUCCUAAAAGCCCCUAAGGACUCCUUUACCAUGCGGAGCACAGAACGUGGAGUGGGACAAGCAGCACACAGAUUCUCUUUCACCCAGAUCUUUGGACCAGAUGUGGGGCAGAAAUUGUUCUUUGAUGAGACAAUGAAGCAGGUGGUAAAGGAUGUACUGAAUGGGCAGAACUGGCUGGUUUACACCUAUGGCAUCACCAAUUCAGGGAAGACUCACACUAUUCAGGGCAGCAACAAAGAUGGGGGGAUUCUGCCUCGCUCCUUAGCAGUCAUCUUCAACAGUGUGGGGGACCGGCUGUACCAAGCCAUGGAUCUGAAGCCUUCCCUCUCCAAUGAGGUGGUCUGGCUGGACAGCAGGCAGGUGCGACAGGAAGAGGCCAAGAAGCAGACCAUGCUGCAGGGGGGUCUGUGGGAGGGGGAGCUGUUAACGCCACUGAAAAGGAGUCACAGUGCUGAAUCUCAGCUCCAGGCCACCACCAGUGGCAGUUUUGACAGUGGAAUUGCUGGCCUCUCUUCAUCUAGCCAACUCACCAACCAUUCAGACGUCAGCCAGACAGAAGAACUGGGCCCUCGCUGGGCUGACUUGGAUCGCAUUUCACUCACCAACACAGGAGAUAUGCAGUUCUCCAUCUGGGUCUCCUUCUUUGAGAUUUACAAUGAGUUAAUCUAUGACUUGUUAGAACCAGCUGUACCUGGCCAGAACCGCAAGAGGCAGACACUGCGGCUCUGUGAAGACCAGACUGGCAACCCCUAUGUGAAAGAUCUGAACUGGAUCAAUGUCCGGGAUGCUGAUGAGGCCUGGAAGCUCCUGAAACUGGGUCGGAAAAAUCAGAGCUUUGCUAGCACCCACAUGAACCAGAACUCCAGUCGCAGUCACAGUGUAUUCUCCAUUCGGAUUCUGCACUUGCACAGAGGUGGCAGUGAAAUUGUUCCAAAAAUCAGCGAGUUAUCCCUGUGUGACCUGGCGGGGUCGGAGCGCUGCAAAGACCAGAAAAGUGGAGACCGAAUGAAAGAAGCAAACAACAUCAACACUUCCCUCCACACACUGGGUCGCUGCAUUGCUGCCCUCCGCCAGAACCAGCAGUCCAGGCUGAAGCAGACUGUGGUUCCCUUCCGGGACAGCAAGCUAACCCGCGUGUUCCAGGGUUUCUUCACUGGGCGCGGGCGCUCUUGCAUGAUUGUCAACAUCAAUCAGUGUGCAUCUACAUAUGAUGAAACUCUAUAUGUAGCCAAGUUCUCAGCCAUUGCCAGCCAGCUUGUUCAGGCACCUCCCACAAAGCUUCCAUCCAUACAAUCAAUCAUCAAAGAGCACAACAGGCGAACUAGCCAGGGUCUGGAGACAGAGGCAAAGGAAGAAGUGGAAUCAGAAGACAACAGUGAGGAUGAAGCAGAUGUCUCCAUGUAUGAGAAAGAGGACCUGUUGCGUGUAGUGGGAGCUGCACGAGAACUGCUGGUGCAAGAGCGGCAGGAGAAGCUGCAACUAGAAAUGCGCCUCCGUGAGGAGAUCUGCAAUGAGAUGCUGGAGCACAUGCAACAGAAGGAGCAAUGGUGCAGCCAACAUGUGGAUGCUCAGAAGGAGCUGCUGGAGGAACUGUAUGAGGAUAAACUGAAUAACCUGAAGGAGUCACUGACUGAUUAUUACCAGGAGGAGAUCCAGGAGCGUGAUGAGAAGAUUGAGGAGCUCCAAGCUGCUCUGCAGGAGGCAAAACAAAAACUGGAGAGCCUGGAUACUAUGCAGAAGGAGUCGGGGCAAAGCUUGCGUCGAUCAAAGAGAGUGGCUACCUCAUGUGCUCUGCAGCAGGAGCUGGCAGAUACUAAAGCCAAACUGGAGCAAUGUCAAAUGGAGUUAAAUACUGCAACAGCAGAGCUGCGCAAGUACCAGAAAUUACUGGAGCCACCACCCUCCACCAAACCCCUUACUGUGGAUGUAGACAAGAAGCUGGAGGACGGACAGAAGAAUGUCAGAUUGCUGCGUUCAGAAUUACAAAAGCUUGGGGAGUCUCUUCAGUCUGCAGAGAGGGCGUGCUGCCACAGUACCAGUGCAGGGAAACUUCGAGAAGCCCUCUGUAUGUGUGAUGACAUUCUGGCUCGACAGGACCAAACACUGGCAGAACUGCAGAACAACAUGAUGCUGGUAAAACUAGACCUGCGGAAGAAAGCAGCUUGUAUUGCUGAGCAGUACCACACUGUACAGAAGCUCCAGGCUCCCCCAACAUCUACCUUAAAGAAACGGUUCUGUGCCAACAGGGAAAACCUACAACCUAACCAACCUCCUGGUAAAAAGCCCUUCCUGCACAACCUUCUGUCACGUUCAGCCCCACGUCCUGCUGCUGGCAGAGGGUGGCAACUUCGCUCAGUUGCUCUAUGACUUUUCAAAAAGAUCCCUGCCCCACUAUUACUGGAACAGGUGGCAAAUUCAAUAUAAUAGCAUCUAUUUUUCUUUGUGUGCUUGUUUAUUAUUGUAGCUGUUUGAGAGCUUAUGUAAACAUUUUUUAAUAUGUAUGGUUAAACUUUUAAUUGAUACCAAAGUGGACAGAAUGACCUUUUGUAAUUUAAACACUACAAUGAGGAAAGUCUAAAUACAAAAUGUAGAUAAUCGAAGUUGUUUAACAAAUGGACAAGUUAAAAGUGAGUUCUCAUCUUCAACUAUGUGGCACAUAACUCACAAAUAAGUUCACAAGAUCCUCCUUAAAAGAAAUUUUCCCUUCCUUGAAUUAUAAUCCUUUAUUAAAGUAUACACGUUCUAGGUCAGG